AUGGCCACGUCAACUCAUCUCCUUCUCCUCUUCCUCAUCGCCACCGUCACAUUCCUCACUUCCACCGCUUAUCCUCCGUCACAGACGCCGCAAGAUCACCUCCACGCCGACAGAAUCAUCGAAGCGAUGAUCGGAGCAGGUGACUUCCGCGACUGGGCCUCCGAUUUCCUCUUCGCCGUCGAAGACCAAGUCGGAAUCCCUCUCUCCGCCACCGUUUUCAUCCCCACCGACUUCGACACCGCCGACAUCUCCUCAUCCUCCAACGGCGGUCGUCUCUCCGUCGCUUAUCACAUCGUUCCUCAACGUCUCUCCUUCACCGAUCUUCGUUUCUUGCAGCCUCUCUCUCGCCUCCCGACUCUUCUCCCCGGAAAGUCUAUCGUCGUCACGAAUAAUUCUGUUUCCGGUUUAACCGUUGACGGCGUUCUUGUCACCGAACCGGAUCUUUUCCUCUCUUCUCCGAUUGCUAUUCACGGUGUCGCUUCGUCUCUUGAUUUCUCGCUUUAUGGUGAUUUUGGAAACGGUUAUACUGUUUCAGACGACUUUCUUCAUCUUCGUCGUCGUCCUGAAUUCGACGGCAAUCAAACAUCGGCUUCUUCUCAUGUGUCCAUCGCACGUUUCUCAACAUGGUCGUUCUUGUUCACAUUGGCUACGUUCAUGGGGUCAAGAUCUCUCUAA